GAAGCCCUUCGCUGCGUGAUACGUGACGCUGAUUCGUGCAGUUGUUUUGUCCUCAUUGAACUCGUUCGUGCACUCACUGCUCUCGAGCUCUCUGGACUAAGAAUUCUGAGUGAACUCUAUAAAGUUCUUCGAGCAGACACUCGAUCGAUUAUCCCUCGCACAGUUCACCGCAUCGUCCAGUCAGGCCUCCCAUCAGCAGAGAUGAACAGCGUGAGCGAAAAAUCAUUCGCCGUCUCUAAGACGCCCUCCAUCUCGUUGGGAUCAUCGAGCUCAUCGGAUAAGUCGAGCCCUCCCUCGACUAAGAAGUCGACUGUGCGAUCAGGCUCGGGUUCGCCCUCUUCCUCCAGGGGCUCAUCCAGGGGAAGUGGACGCACUUCGACCACGCACUCGUCUACUUCUACCGAUAUCUACGGCUCGUAUGAUCCCUUCUACUCCCAGAAGCUGAUCAAGAGGGAGUUCGAAGAGGAAUCCUGCCUGAGACUGAGCAACUGCGUCGCUGUCAUCGGAGUCCUUAGCAUGUGCAUCCAUGUCGUGGAGUUCUUCGCCUACACCUACCUGCUUACUGCCUACUUCUUGAUCCACUGGGACACUGUGCCAAGGAGCACCAAUGUUUGGUGGAACGUUGUUUACCCCAGCGUUCUGAUUAUUCACACCAUAAUGCAGUGCUCUUUCGCUGUCCUUCUGAUCAUCGGAGCCAUCAGGAAAAAGAAGUCAUACAUGCUACCGUGGAUCAUCGCUGAGUGCGUUGAGAUCCUCCUCCUCGCCAAGGCUUCCAUCGUCCUCGCCGCUACUUCCGAUGCCGCUAGCGUAUGGAUCAUUGCUACCACUGUUGCUUUCAUGAGCGUUCAGGUCUUCUACGUCAUCAUCGCCGCUCGUCUCUACCGUCGCUACAAGCGCGAGGAACUCGAGGUCCAGCCCCCUGCGUACCCUACUGACGUGAAACAGCCUCCCUCCCCUUCUUCGUCCAUGUCCAACUAUUUGUACAAGGUCUGA